GCUUAUAGUCCAUAGUGGGGAGAGGCGGCGACACCGGGCAGUGAGAGAGAUUACCGACGCGCUCACCACCCGCCACGCCACCCUAAUUUUCCCCCCAGGAGCCACCCUACUUACAAGGCUGUUUGAGGAGGGCCGCGCGCCACCGCCGAACAUGAGUUACGGCCGGGGACCCCCAGACAUCAAGGGGAUGACGUCCCUGAAGGUGGACAAUCUGACCUACAGGACCACGCCGGAGGACCUGCGUCGCUCCUUCGAGAAGUAUGGCGAGAUCGGCGACGUCUACAUCCCCAGGGACAGGUUCUCCCGCGAGAGCCGCGGCUUCGCCUUCGUCAGGUACUAUGAUCGGCGAGAUGCUGAAGAUGCCAUGGAAGCCAUGGAUGGCCGGCGGCUAGAUGGACGAGAGCUGAGAGUACAGAUGGCACGGUAUGGACGGCCAGAGACCCCGCCACACCGAAGACGUCGCCGACGGGACAAUUCCAGGUCGCGGUCCAGGUCUCGUUCUCGGUCGCGAUCUCGCAGGAGGAGGAGGUCAUCGCGGUCCAGGUCCAGAUCUCGCUCUCGUUCCCGUAGGCGCCACUCUAGGUCAAGGUCUGGAAGUCGGUCCCGCUCACGAUCACAUUCAAGGUCACGCUCUGGAAGCAAGAGUCGCUCCCGCACACCCGACGAACGUCAAUCAAAAUCUCCGGAGAAGCAGGACAAGGAAAACGGAAUGGAUGAGGCAGCGGCAAUUGAAGAGGAACAGCAAAUGGACCGCUCUCACUCGCGUUCAAAGUCCCGCUCACGAUCUCGUUCAAGGUCAAAGUCGAGAUCCAGGUCGAAGUCGCGCAGCAAGUCCAGGUCCAGGUCACGCUCAAGGUCCAUGGAAUGAGGACCUGUUGGGCAAAGCUGUGGCCAGGGUGGUCUAGCUGCUCACUGGAAACGAUGAUUCCUGUCAAUUCCUGUCCAGAUUUUUGCAGUACUGGCAUGCUGGGCAGGUACUUGUUCAUUUCCGUGCUUACUGUGUACUGGAACUCUGUCAUCUAAUUAGUUUAUUUGUCAAGGCUGAUGGUUAAUGUCAAGUUAUAUAGUUAUUAUUUCUUAGUCUCACUAUUCACUUGCCUAAGGUUAAGACCAACUUUAAGGGUUUAGUUUUCAUUUGCGCACGUCCUACGGGCUUACGUUAUGGAAUGUUUAUCUUCUCUCCAGUUGACAGGUGGUCACCUGCUUGGGGUCUUGCUCAUUAGUUGUGUAACAUUUUGCUAAUGUUUUAAGAUCACCCAAAUUGUAGUUCAAUAUUCAUGAGUGGUAGUUUUUUUUUAUAUUUGAUUAUUGCUAUAAAUAUUUUUAAGGUUUCUGAAAUACUUACACAAUUGCAGAUGCUAUGGUAAUAGUUAGAACCUUGCGUUUAUUGUUACAUUGUGUGUGGUUCCACCAUGAGCCGAGUUAAGAUGCAGUUUUGUUCAAAUGAAGUUUAGGUUAAGCAUAAGAAUGUUUUAAUAUGUUGACACUUUGUAUGAAUAGCCUCAUACGUUCACCAGGAAUGUCUCUUGAAGCUCUUCUGAAAUGAUUUGUCAGAUUACACUUAGCCAUGUGCAUUAACUUUGUAUGCUUAGGAAAUAAACUUGACAUGAAGGUCACAGACAGGACUUUCCUAUUCCACAUGCCAAAGGCUGGUAAGAGUAUGGGGGUAUUGUGUAUAUUUAUCCUUGUGGUAGCCAUGUGCUGAUGUGUAUUUCUACGCGCACAGGGCGUGGCAGUUGUUGCUGUUGUGUUGCUGUGGAGUAUGGCGGGUUGCUGUAGUGCGGUGUUAUGGCGGGAGCCGAGGCAGAGAGCCAGUCAGGCAUGCAGCCGACGGGGGGGGCCGCAAGGCGCAGUACUGGCUCGCAGGGCACCAGACCACUCCUCCUCCUAUUCCUUCUCCUCCUUCCCCUAUUCUCCUACUUAUCCCAACACACAUCUCGCCACCCUUGUGCUCCAUUUCCCACCGCUUGCCACCGUCCCAUCCUCAGCUUCCUCUUGCCUCGGUCACAUGCACCAUUACCUUACAGUAUUCCAAUUCCGUGUUGCCUUGGUCCCAUUGCUAACGUCCUCUUCACCUUGGCCUAUAUCUCCACGGGGAGUAUUAACAAAAAACACUCACAAUCCAGUUAAACAAAUUAGGGCUGUCCUUUUAAAGCCACCUUUGAUGAUGAUAAUUUUUGGUUAUAAGAUUAUUGGACAAGUUGGCAAGGCGUGUAGUAACUAAUAUUAUCCUUUUUUCCUGGUGACUCGUGUACACUGUGGUGCCCUGUGAUGCUAAGGAGGCGACUGGCAGCUGCGUGCGGUCACCAGACAACGGUGACUUGCUGCAGCUGUGGCGACCCUUGCAACGCUGAGGGUGGAGGGUGGGAGGGAGGACGGGCGGGUGGGUGGAGUGGGGCGGGCAGCAGAUGUAUGGCUACGUGCAGGCUCCCACAGUAUUCCAACACUGCAGACUUACUCUGCUGUAGCUUGGUCAGUUAGACCCCCCCUGAUCUUGCCCCUCCCACUUUUUAUUUGUUUUUUUCAUUUUACAGCUGUCCAUUGAAGUCCCUUAGGUUUUUAUCCAUUAACCAGAGCUUUGUUUGUGCGCUUGUGUAGUACAUUAAUAUCUGGCACUAGCAAUUAUGCACACCAUUUUAGGGAUCUAUUUUUAUGGUAGUUUAUCUAAUUUUGUAAGAUUACUUUGACUAGGUCAGUAUUGGUGUAUUAGGUUGGUGUAGCCAAAGCUCACGGAGCAGAGGUUGGUGUACAGGAGCAAUGGACACUUUAGCAAAUACAAACUUGGCAAAUUGGGUUACAUGAAAUAUAUGCCUGCAAAAUUGAAUUGGAUGCACAAUAUACAAAAGCUUAAGGUAAAGAGUCAUAUCUAGCCACACUAAGGGUAUUAGAAAAUAAAAGCCUGGACGAUUGUAUAUAUUUAUACUUAUAUAUGUAUAUAUAUAUAUAUGUAUAUAUAAAUAUAGAAUAUAUAUGAAUAAUAUGGGGGAUAGGGGAGGAUUUUGGGCUUAAUGAAUUGUUUAUUUUACAGAACAACGUCGAUGUGCUCUUGUUUGGUCGUGACUUUCAGGUACUUACUUUCCUUGUUGGGAUGAUCUUGUGUUUGGUAGUAGUGACAAAUUAAGACGUUGCAUAUGGCUCGUGUAAUCUGUAGAACGUCCUUUUGAAUCCUGUUGGCAAGUGACUGGCAUCUUAGAUUGGUAAUCAAUUUUGACGUUUACUGUGUUUUUAUUCAAUUUGUGUGAGGUGAAUGUGUUCAGGGAUGGGAUCAGACCCACAUCUCUGGACUACCCAAAAGCACAUGCACCAGAUUUGAGAUUGGCUCAGUAAGCUGCAAGGUAUUUUGAUACUAAAGUUAUAUGGGAUCUUGCAAUAUGUGGUUGGAUGGACGAAAAGUGGUUUGUACUGUUGCUUGUUGAGGUGGUUGUCUAAUAAACUUGGACAACUGGUCAGGGUUUUCCGGAGCAAGUCGUAUGAAUUGGGAGACUGUGUGGGGUGUGGAGGAAGUAGUGGAAGUUUCUCUGAUGGUUGGUUGGAUGCACCAGGUAAAUGCAUUUAUGAAGUAGUGGCAUGUUUAUAUAGCAUUGUUCUUGCUGCUUGGGUCGACAAUGUCAACACUCGGCCCUCCUCUGCCUACUUUGUGUUUCUAAUGUACAGUAUUUCCUCCAUUUUUUAAUACAUUAAUCAAUUUUUCUCAUCGUAUUCAUCUCUGGUUUUUCAGUGUAUAAUUGUUGAACCACAGGUACAUAGACGUGUAUGGGAGACCAGUGUAGUGGAGUAUUUGGACACUGGUGUUGCUUCCAUAUGACUGAUGAGUGUAUAGGAUUGUGUUGGGAAUUCUGUACUGGAACCAAAGAGGGUAAAUUCAGAUUUGUAUGUUUUAUAUUAUUUUUAUACUUGGUUAUAACAAAAUUGACAUUGAGUUGGCAUUUUCUGAUGGAUAGCUUCAUGGAAGCUUUUGAAUUGGCCAGCGCCCUCUUAAAUUCUCCUUGACAUUUUAAUUUCAGACGACUUGUUAUUGAAAGUAAUUACUUUAUUAGAUUUAUGUUUAUUGGUUUGAGCAAGAGUUCAGGUUAUGUAUGUACCAUGUAAAAUUGUAUUGUAAAGGUAAAUGAUUUGAAAAACGAAUAAUUUAUUUUUUAGCAGCAUUUGAGUCAAGUUUUAUAUAUUUUGAUAAUUACUUGGUAAAUUCACACAUACAAAGUUUGUGACUUGCUUUUUGAGAGCGUAGCCAAGUGCAGUAUUUGUAUCGGGGUGUGUGUGUGUGUCCCAGGAUGGAAGCAGGCGCGUGGUGUGGGAGUAUCAUAGGACCAUCAUGAAUAACAUUAUGCAUGCACAGCAAAACAAGAACCUGAUGGAGUUUGGUUGACUUAGCCACGAAGGAGGAAAUCUCAAGACCGUGAUGUUCCUAUGAUAAAAAUACCGAGGUGAUACGAUGGGAAAUCCAGUGGAGCGAUGGUUCGAUCCCAUCGUAUGACCUUAAUAUUUGUCUCAAGAUGGCUAUUGUAAGUAUGGAACUAUUUCAUGCACCUGGGCACUAGGAGGCUCGAGCCGUGGACACCACGCGAGAGAGGCCGAAGCUCUAUCGACUGGGCUAUUGGGGUCGGUGGUUCGAGACUCGUAUAGCCCAGGUGAGUGAAAUGUUUAUUCCCCACGGAAGUGUGGAUGAUAAUUUAUAUGGGACUGUUAUUCACAGUGUCUGUGCGCCUGCAGUCAGGGAUGCUUCUUGGUUCAGCUCAUUGCUCCUCUUCACUAGUGUUUACCUGUUCACUUAUCUUUUGUCUUGGUUAUACUGGCUCUUUGAGGAGGAGGACCACCCAACCUUUUUUUUUUUAUAUAAAUAUAUAUAUUAGGUAAGUAUUAAAAAGCAUUGCAAAAUAAAAUAUUUAAAGUUUA